GUUCCUAGAUCGCUUAAGAGACCGAUAGACAAAAUCAUGUUGAAGGCACUGAUUAUUGUCUCGAAGAAUGUGAAUCGAGAAUCACACAGUAGACAGCUGUGUGCGUGGUAGUAUCAAGAGUGAACCGGAAAUCAUAUCGUAUCAUAUGAUUUGAAUUGGUCAAGUAUGGAUUAGAAUGUGGCAUAAAGUGGAAUGUUUCACGUUUCAUUUCUCUUGAGUAAAUUCAACUUUAUUAGCAAGUUUGAAAAUAUUAGUUCAUUUUACGUUAUACGUUUUUGUAAGUAUCACAAGAAUUUGUAGGUUUCUGGAUGACUGUCAUUUCCUACUCUCCCUGCAGCGAUACGCUGAGUAAUGGGUAGUCUAGUAAAACGAUUAUUUACGUAUUACGUAACAUGCAUGUAGCAGCACAGCCGACUCGCAUUACUGGCAAGAUGUGUUACUUGUAUAUAUAUCGGACUUCGUGAGGUUGGAAGCACAGUUGUCAGGAUGGACGGCAAGGGAAAAUUUCAGUUUGCUAUUGACAGAGGUGGCACCUUCACCGACGUUUACGCGAGAUGCCCAGGUGGGAAAAUUCGAGUUAUGAAGCUUUUGUCGGUCGAUCCCGCAAAUUAUCCAGAUGCACCAAGAGAAGGAAUCCGGCGAAUUUUAGAAGAGGAGACAGGCAUGUCCAUGCCAGUCAAUCAGCCCAUUGAUGGGAAUUUUAUUGAUUGGAUUCGCAUGGGCACAACAGUUGCUACAAAUGCACUGCUGGAGAGGAAAGGUGAAAGAAUGGCACUUCUCAUAAAUAAAGGUUUCCGAGACCUUCUUUUCAUUGGUAACCAAGCAAGACCAAAAAUAUUUGACCUGGAAAUAGUGACACCCAGUGUUUUGUAUGAGGAGGUAGUUGAGGUGGACUGUCGAGUAGUUCCUGCGCUACCUGGACGGUGCAUGUUGACAGGACUUGAACAUGGAGAGUGGUCACAUUGGCGUCAUGUUACAGGAACUACAGGCGAGGAGUUACUGGUGUGCCAGGAGUUGAAUCAGGACACACUAAGAAAGGACCUGAUUAUUCUGAAAGAGAAGGGCAUCGACAGCAUUGCAGUGGUUCUGGCACACUCAUACACGCACUCAGAACAUGAAGAAGCAGUAGGCCGCGUGGCAAGGCAGCUGGGUUUCAAACAUGUAUCUCUGUCACACCAAGUGAUGCCAAUGGUUCGUAUAAUUCCUCGAGGUUUCACAGCAUGUGCUGAUGCAUACCUCACUCCACACAUACACAAGUAUGUACGUGGUUUUGCAGGAGGCUUCAAGGACAACUUGGCAGGUGUCAAUGUGCUCUUUAUGCAGAGUGAUGGUGGUCUCACACGUAUGGAUACUUUCAAUGGGUCACGUGCAAUAUUGUCAGGACCAGCUGGCGGAGUUGUGGGUUAUGCAGUAACAACAUACAAGCAAGAGACAGAUUUACCUGUCAUUGGGUUUGACAUGGGUGGAACAUCGACUGAUGUUAGUCGAUUUGCUGGGGAUUAUGAGCAUGUGUUUGAAUCAACCACAGCUGGAGUCACCAUACAAGCUCCACAACUGGAUGUCAACACAGUUGCUGCUGGUGGUGGGUCCAUGCUGUUCUUCCGUUCAGGUCUGUUUGUAGUUGGGCCUGAAUCUGCAGGAGCACAUCCAGGUCCCAUUUGUUACCGCAAAGGAGGACCUAUUACUGUGACCGAUGCCAACCUGUGCUUAGGACGACUUCUGCCUGAGUACUUUCCUAAAAUAUUUGGUCCUUCAGAAAAUGAGCCCCUGGAUAAAGCAGCCACUACACAAGCUUUCUACAAACUCACUGAAGAGAUCAAUAGUUUUCUUAGCAGCCAACCAGACACCAAAACCAAGCCUGCAAUGACUGUAGAGGAUGUUGCUAUGGGUUUUAUACAGGUUGCCAAUGAAGCCAUGUGUCGUCCAAUCCGAGCCCUGACACAGGCUAAAGGCUAUGAUACAAGCCGCCAUGUGCUGGCAUGCUUUGGUGGUGCAGGAGGCCAGCAUGCGUGCUCCAUCGCUAGGGCACUGGGCAUGGGGACAGUGUUUGUACACAAAUAUGCUGGAAUUCUUUCUGCGUAUGGAAUGGCUCUUGCUGAUGUGGUGCAUGAAGCACAGGAACCGUGUGCCAAGAUUUAUGAACCAGAAUCAUUCCAAUACCUUGAUGAGCGGCUGAAUGUGUUGGCUGAACAAUGUCAGGUGGAACUGCAGAAGCAGGGAUUCAAACCUGAACAGAUACACACAGAAGCAUACCUGCAUUUGCGUUAUGAAGGAACAGAUUGUGCCCUCAUGUGCACUGCAGAUUCAGACAGCGAAGACAAGACAUGCAAACAUGGAGACUUUCACAAGACAUUCUUAGAGAGGUACCAGUGUGAGUUUGGGUUUACGAUCGAAGGCCGUGCAAUUGUUGUGGAUGACAUUAGGGUUCGAGGUGUAGGCAAAUCAUUUGUUCAUACAGACAGUCCAGUUCCUGCUGCAGAAGGACCACCAAGAGUUGACAAAGUGACUGAGGUGUACUUUGAGAAAGGUUAUCAUCGUGCUUCUGUGUAUGUUCUGAGUGACCUGAGUGCUGGACACGAGAUUCCCGGUCCGGCCAUUAUUAUGGAUAACCUGAGCACAGUUCUUGUGGAACCUGACUGUACUGCUUCUGUUACUUUAAGAGGGGAUAUCAAGAUUGUGAUUGGGUUGGGUGAACUCAAAAGAAUUGGUACAGAACUGGAUGCCAUUCAACUUAGCAUCUUCUCACAUCGUUUCAUGAGCAUUGCUGAACAAAUGGGCAGAAUUUUACAGCGGACCUCAAUAUCAACAAAUAUCAAGGAGCGGUUGGAUUUUUCUUGUGCCUUGUUUGGCCCAGAUGGCGGUCUUGUGUCUAAUGCUCCACAUAUACCAGUGCAUCUGGGAUCUAUGCAGGAGGCUGUCCAGUAUCAGAUGCGAUCACUUGAAGGUGGUUUUCAGGAAGGUGAUGUCAUUCUGACCAACCACCCAGCUGCCGGAGGUUCACAUCUCCCUGAUCUUACAGUUAUAACACCUGUCUUCUAUAAGGGUGAGAGCAAACCUGUGUUUUUUGUGGCGAGCCGUGGACAUCAUGCAGACAUUGGGGGCAUCACACCAGGGUCGAUGCCACCACACUCUAAGAGUCUGAUUGAGGAAGGAGCAAGUUUUAAGAGCUUCUACUUAGUGAAGAAAGGAGUGUUUAAUGAAGCUGAAUUAGUGGAGGCGCUAAUGGCUCCAGCCACAGUUCCAGGCUCCUCGGGGACACGGAACCUACAAGACAAUUUGUCUGAUCUUAAAGCUCAGAUUGCUGCAAAUCACAAGGGCAUCAGCUUGGUCGCAGAGCUGAUAGAUGCCUAUGGCCUUGAUGUAGUGCAGGCGUAUAUGCAUCAUAUUCAGGCCAAUGCUGAGGUGGCUGUGCGGGACAUGUUGCGAGAGAUAGGGACAAAGGUUCUCCAGCGUUCUGGUGGAAAUGAACUAGAGGCUGAGGAUUACCUGGAUGAUGGAUCACCCAUACGACUCAAAAUCAGCAUUGACAUUCAACGAGGAGCAGCUGUGUGUGAUUUCAGUGGCACCGGCUGUGAGCUGUGGGGCAACUGUAAUGCUCCAAGGGCCAUAACACUGUCUGCUCUCAUCUAUUGUCUGCGUUGCAUGGUGGGGCAUGAUGUGCCUCUAAACCAGGGCUGCCUGAAUCCAGUAAGAGUCAUCAUUCCAAAAGGCAGUUUGCUUCAUCCGUCAGAUACUGCAGCGGUUGUUGGUGGAAAUGUGCUGACAUCACAACGCAUAGUUGAUGUUGUGCUAAAGGCUUUUGAGGUUUGUGCAGCCUCUCAGGGUUGCAUGAACAACAUCACAUUUGGAGAGGAGAAAUGGGGCUACUACGAAACAGUUGCAGGGGGAGCUGGAGCCGGACCCACCUGGCAUGGGCAUAGUGGUGUUCAUACUCACAUGACCAACACUCGUAUCACAGAUGCCGAAAUUCUAGAACGUCGCUAUCCGGUUGUUCUUCGCCACUUCAGUCUAUGGCCAGAUUCAGGAGGUUCUGGUCGUUUCAGAGGAGGCGACGGAGUCGUUAGAGAACUCUUGUUUAGGCGUCAUAUCAUGCUUUCUGUUCUUACUGAACGCAGGGUGUUCCAUCCAUAUGGUAUGAAUGGUGGUUCUCCUGGAAAAAGGGGUAUGAAUCUGAUUUUGAAAACAGAUGGCAGGAUUAUCAAUCUGGGUUCAAAAACAGCAAUUGCCACUGAACCAGGGGAUGUGUUCCGACUGCUGACGCCUGGUGGCGGUGGUUAUGGGAGGCCAGAUCUUGUGACAUCAUUUGCGGCAGAUACCAACCAGAAACAACUGCCCACGUUCAUUGAACGAGGUAGCGUAUAUGAAUACCAUCGUGCUCAAGAAUCUGUGUAAAGUCAUGAGCUACUGCAGAAGAUCUUUAUAUCCUUUUGAUUAAUAAUAUUUCUAGUAAACUGCUCGAUGUUUUGGAGGUCAUUUCCUCUUUUCACAUAAAAAUUAAGUAAGAAUUUUAGGAACUUUUUAAAUGUGCUGCUGUGGCUGAUGCAGAUGGGCCAUUUUGUUUUUAUGUUCUACAUAGCUACAAAAUUCAAAGACUAUACAAUCUUUCGUUAAUUUAGUCUGAUAAUAAAGGAUAGAAGGACAUGACAUGCUCUGUAACUGAGCAAGGAUACGUGUAUAUGCAUAUUAGUCAAAGGAAAGGUAGAGCGAUCAUUUAAAUAAAAUAUAAAUAUAAAAAUAUAUUUACAUAAAAUAUAUGCAUUGAAGAUACGGGACAAGGACUUGUACAAACUGUCCUAGGUCGGUAUUCCUAAAAUGAUGCGUCGUGUGUGCUGUAACAUUUAAAAGUACUCCGUUUGAAAAUAAGUGCCUUGAAAAGUUAGUUACAUAUAGGCCUUCUGGGACCCACAGGAAUUACCAAAAAAUGUAGUUUGUAAAGAUGACUUUUAAUCAUAAGAAUGUUCAACUCUUGCAUUUUCAAGGAUAAUUAGUUGUAAUAUUUUUCAUAUCAUCAUCAUCAUCAUCCUUAAAAGAUUUUAAAUAUAAGUUCUUGUUCUUGUU